AUGUAUCAACUCGUGUCCCGUUCCUACAAAUUUUGGAACUAUACACCUUCGAUACCAGCAGCGGUCAUUUUCAUACUGAUAUUCAUUGUCCUUACGGGUCUUCAUUCUUGGAAAAUGUUCCAAGCCAGGACAUGGUUUUGUAUAGCAUUUACCCUAGGCGGCUUGUUCCAGAUCAUUGGUUACAUUGGCCGCUGCAUUGCACACAAUAACACAACUACAAUGGGACCGUACAUGAUCGCCAAUGUGUUCCUUCUGCUCAGUCCUACGCUCUUUGCCGCGUCCAUCUACAUGACCCUUGGUCGACUCAUCCGUCGGGUCCAUGGAGAACAUCUUUCUCCCAUUCGUGUCUCACGCCUUACAAAAACAUUUGUCUGGUCUGACGUGUUGUCCUUUGUUGUCCAGGGAAGUUCCUCGUCUCUCUCAGUUAUGGGGCACCCCCAAUGGGGAAAGGUUUGCGUCAUUGCCGGUUUGGGAAUUCAACUCGUCUCAUUUUCCCUCUUCUGGGUAACGGCCAUCAUUUUUGCAAAGCGCCUUCGCCGUGCGCCAACUCCCGAGUGCCUCAAGCCUGGUAUUCCUUGGCAACGAUCAUUGCAUAUGCUAUACGCUGUCAGUGCCCUCAUCUUGGUCCGUUCUAUUUUUCGGAUCGUUGAAUAUACAAUGGACAAUGAUGGGUACCCUCUUAUGCAUGAGUGGACAUUGUAUGUUUUUGAUAGCGUGCCGAUGGCGAUUGUCAUGGCUAUCUUCUUUAUUGGUAUCCUGAUCAGAUAA